AUGAGGUUUCCCCAAAGUAACAAAAAAAAAAAAAGGCAGAUCCUUGUGCACCCCGACGAACAAAGUCUGCAAAGGAUAUUAUGGAGAGAGAGCAGCAACGACGAAGUCAAGGAGUACUGGCUAAGUACCGUUACUUACGGACUUUCCUGUGCUGCUUAUCUGGCGAUCCGUACUUUGCGCCAACUUGCCGAGGAUGAGGGACAUCGCUACCCGAAGGGAGCUCUCAUCCUGCUGAGCGACGUCUACAUGGACGACAUCCUGGCAGGCGCGGAGACCAUGAAAGAAGCCGAGGUCAUGAUCCAACAGCUGAUGGAGAUCUGCAGGGCGGGCGGCUUCUCGCUUAAGAAAUGGUCGGCAAACCAUUCGCUGUUGCUAAACCAAGUGGAGCCGACGACCGUCUUCAACAAAAGGCUAGAUGGUGGCUGCCCGGCGAGAGUCACUCUAUUCUCGCGAAAAUGUUCGACUUUCUUGGCUGGCUGGCACCAAAACGAUAUUAGCAGAAAUCUUCAUCCAGUCUAUCUGGUGCUAGGUCUGGAUUGGGACGCUUCGCUACCUACCGACGAAGCGAGAAGAUGGUUGCGAUUCCAGAGCGAGCUGCCAGCUCUGGAAAAAGUGAUCGUACCUCGAUGGCUGGGAGGUGUGACUGAAUCAAUGCUGGAAAUCCACGGAUUCGCCGAUGCCUCCGAGCGUGCCUACUCCGCAGUGAUCUACCUGAAGAGCAAAACAAAGGGCAUUACUAAGGUGACUCUCUUAGCCGCCAAAACCAAGGUCGCGCCAUUGAAGCAGGUAUCAUUACUCGACUGGAGCUAUCUGCAGCGACUCUUCUGGCUCGUCUCGUCGCCCACACCUUGCCGAUCAUUGGAGCUGAAAGGGCACCUCUUCACAUGGUCGGAUUCCACAGUCACGCUCGGCUGGAUCCGAGGACAUCCAUCGACGUGGGCCACCUAUGUGGCCAACCGGGUCAGCGAGAUACAAACGCUGAUCCCUGAUGCCCACUGGCAUCACGUACCAGGACGAGAAAAUCCAGCGGACUGUGCUUCUCGGGGACUAUAUCCUGGUGAGCUGGUUGACCACCCGCUCUGGUGA